CGUUUGGAGGAAAGGGUGAAUCAACGACUCAAGACGGAGCCAGCUCUCAAGCUCCAUGCGAGAUCCAACUUGAGCACAUACUUCGCAACCGCUCCACUAGAAGGAGCGAUCCACAUCCUUACCCAAACUCCCAGUCCUGGUGA